GGGCUACAACGGCGCAUGCGCAGUGUCGCCCCGGCGGGGCCGGGGGGAGGGAGAGGGGCCAUGGCGGGCGGGGAGACGUUGCGGGCGGCUUUGGUCGCCGUGGUGUUAGCGGCCUGGAGCGCCCACGGUCUGUAUUUCCACAUCGGCGAGACCGAGAAGCGCUGCUUCAUCGAAGAAAUCCCGGAUGAGACCAUGGUUAUCGGGAACUACCGGACGCAGCUGUGGGACAAACAGUCAGAGUCGUUCCUGCCCUCCACCCCGGGGCUGGGCAUGCACGUGGAAGUGAAGGACCCCGACGGCAAGGUGGUGCUGUCGCGGCAGUACGGCUCCGAAGGACGGUUCACCUUCACCUCCCACACACCGGGCGAGCACCAGAUCUGCCUCCACUCCAACUCCACCCGCAUGGCGCUCUUCGCCGGCGGCAAACUGCGGGUGCACCUGGACAUCCAGGUGGGUGAACACACCAACAACUACCCCGAAAUCGCCGCAAAGGACAAGCUGACGGAGCUGCAGCUCCGCGCCCGCCAGCUCCUCGACCAGGUAGAGCAGAUCCAGAAGGAGCAAAACUACCAACGGUACCGGGAGGAGCGUUUCCGCAUGACGAGCGAGAGCACCAACCAGCGGGUGCUGUGGUGGUCCAUCGCCCAAACCAUCAUCCUCAUCCUCACCGGCAUUUGGCAGAUGAGGCACCUCAAGAGCUUCUUUGAGGCCAAAAAGCUGGUGUAGCCCCCCCCUCACCUCACUGGGACCCCCCCCCACCCCACCCCGGGGGGCUCCCACAGCCCCCACAGGGGGAACCCCUGCUGCCUGCCGGCACCCCAGGGGUGAUGGGCAAACGUGAAGGGUGCGGGGGGGCCCUGGCCGCCAUUGGGGAGGGUGGGGGCCGACCCCCGCGGUGGCAUUUGCGGGGGGGG